UGGGUUAGUCGAUCCGACUCACUCGGAGAGCGGGAAGAGGUACGGCGUGCCGUCGCUGUCACGCCCACACUGGAUUUCUGAAUCGCCCGUGUCAUGCCGUGACUGAAGCCAAUCGAGCUGGGGAACAAGCCUUUCUGGACCUUCCGAGGUUGGGAUGUCCUUCCGAAGGAGAUUGCCACGGGCAUUGCCCUGCGACCUCUCCCUGCCGCGGAACCAGUCCCAGAAUCGCUUCUCCGAGCGCCCGGGCUUUCGAAUAUAUAGAGAUCUACUCUAUCUCUGGGCGCCAUUCAACACCUCUGCAGACAGCGGCACGCAACCCGUCCUGCUCACGAACCAUACGCGUCCUACUGCGCUGUGCUGUCUUCCAUUAUCUGCGUCGCGCGUAGGCAUAUUUCGUCGGCCAUGGUGCCCCAAGACUGGACGCAACCCUCGCUCGGCAUGCACCCUGGCGGACAACCCCAGCAACUACAACUCGAGAACGAGUACGAAGUAGAUCCUGCUCAAUUCCAGAUGUUCCACGCAGGUCGUGACCCCCAGAGUAGUCGCCAUGCAGGCUACACUAGCUACGGCCCCUCCUUUGGCAGCGGCCAGAUGUCCUACGCCUCGCAAGAGCCAUUGAUGCAAGACGCGUUCUCGGGUAAUUACGCGUAUUCGAGCCAGGGAUUCAAUGCAGCUUCAUCGAGUUCCUUACAAGUAUCCUCGGUCCCAUCGGUGUUCCAUGGGCACAGCAGUGCUCAGGUCGACCACUACUCCUUCGGAGUUCAGCCCACCUCUAUGGCAUCAAGCAGUCAACGCCCAAAUUCCCGUGCCUCCUCAACCUACGGGGGGUUUCAGCAACCAAUAGAUGGCCCACAGCACAUAUAUGCGCCGUCUGCUCCUCUGUCAGGCCCGCAGGGAGGCGCCGACUUCCAUACGAACGCCGCCCUCGCCUACAGCAGAAUGUCGUAUGACAUGCAGGGCGGCCGAGGCGUGGCCAAGCGCAUGCGCACGAUGGGAGAUGGGCUUGAUGUCGACGACGACGACGCUGAUGGUCUGUGGGACGACGGCACGUCGCUUGAGCAGGAGCAGAAACCCAAGCCACUCGGCGCAUGCGCGCGGUGUAAAGGCCUGAAGGUCAGAUGCGUCUUCUCGCGCGACUCCGACGUCUGCGAGCGCUGCACGAAGGGCAACCACGACUGCAUCAUCCCCGGGCGCAAGAAACGCAGACCGCCCCCAAAGCGGGAGCACCUCAUCAACCAGAUUAAGGAACAGGCCGCGCAGAUCUCGGACCUCAUGAACAAGCUCGAGGAGGCGAACCGCAUCGCGUCGCGCCGCAUUUCCGUGUCCAAGUCCGCGGGCCAGCGGCCCAUGCCCAACAUCUGCGACGAGGGCGCCGCGGCGGUCCUCGCGGCGGAGGACCUGCACGGGUCCGUGCCCGUCCCGUGCCCGCCUGCGGAGGGCGACGUCGCGGACUGGGUCACGAACGCGCGCCGGUCUAUAGUGGAGCUCGGCAAGUACGUGAGCAUGGGCGGGGCGAGCGUCACUGUGGACAUGCUCGGCGAGGAGGGGAGCGUGGACGACGCUAGCGACGAUGAGUAUGAGUACGAGUACGAGGCUACCGUGGAAGACGAGGAUGCGCGCUCUUCUCAUGGGGAGGGGCGCGUGGGGUCGGUGGGUGCGGAGUCGUAUGAGCCGGGGCCGAGCGGCAGCGCGCUCUCGCCUGCUAGUACGGCUAGCACGACGGAUGGCGCGCCCGGGAGGAAGGCGGGAGGCGGUGGCGCGAAGCUUGCCAUUCUGCCCAACGAGGAUGCCACUUUCGGGUUUAUGGCCAAUCUUGCGCUCAGCAUGUCGCGAGGGGUCUCGCGGCGCGAGGCCGCACCUGGUGCUGAGCAGGAGGAGGAAGUAGGACUGGCCAACAACAAUUAUUUCCGACCGAGCCCCGCACCGCACACACCCCUCGUCGAUGAGCAGUUACAGCCUGCCAUCUUGCGCAAUGGAAUUAUUCGACCGGAUGAAGCUGAGAAGCUGUUCUCCACCUACUUUGAUUACAUGAACGUCUCCGUCUCUCUGCUCGACCCGGUCAUCUACACGGCGCAGAAGACGUAUUGGCGCUCACCAUUCCUAUUCACUGUCAUAUGCGCGAUCGCUUCGAGGCACUAUUGUCCGCGCCCGGAACUCUACCAGGAAGCCAUGAAGUAUGCCCGUUUGGCUGCGGGUACGGCGCUCAUUGGAGGUCAGAAGUCGAUUGAGGCUGUUCAGGCGUAUCUCCUGCUCAGCUUGUACCCGGUCCCUGCACGGCGGUGGGAGGACGAUAGGAGCUAUCUCUAUCUGGGGCUCGCCAUUCGCAUGGCGACUGAUCUUAAGCUGCGGUACCCGGUCACUACUACCAAAGGCGAGAACGAGCUACGGGCACGCGAGAUGCUGAACCGUACAAGAACUUGGCUCAACUGCUACAACCUCGACCGUUCGACGGGGGUGCAAUACGGAGAGGCUCCUGUGAUCGAUAACAACGACUACGUCGCGAAGCACACGGAGGACUGGUGGCAGAGCUCGCCGUACAACAUGCAAGGCUUCGACGUUCACCUCUGCUGUUACAAGGCGGAGCUGGCCGUGUUGGGGGAGUUCCGGGCGCGCAUAUGGAGCGACCCGGAGCGCCCUUCAGGGAUUAACAAGAACAUCGAUGUGGCUCAGAUAGCGAGCGAGACUGACGACCGCCUCGCCGCCCUUGAAGAGAGCUGGAAACCGAUUCUGUGCAACGCUAAGACCGACGACCCGCAGUGCCACUUCCGGAUAGGGCUACUGAAGUUGGCGUACAGUUAUGCACGGCUCUCGGUGUUGUCGGUCGGCUUCCAGCACUCCUUCGGCAAGGCGUCUCCCAGCAACGAGGUGCCCUUUCUCUGGCGCUGCUUGCGGGCGGCGAAGGACACGGUGCUGUCUGUCGUAGAUGGCCUUGGCACCCCUAGUCAAAUGAUUUACAUUCGACACGGACCAGAAGCUCAAAGCGUUUUUGUUACCUUCGCGUCGGCGUUUCUCAUCAAGCUCCUGCAACCGAAAUACAGUGUAUACCUUUCAAGGGAACAGCGGGUAGAAAUCAAAGACCUGGUCCAUCGUGUGAUCGAUCUCCUUGGGUCGCCUGAAGUGGCCAUUGACGACCGGCAUGGCCCCAAGCUGUAUGCGCGUUUCUUGCAAGGGCUGCUUAACACGCCGAUGGCCAGAAUCGACCAUUCGCCGUCUUCACUCAAGCGUGAUAGUCGACGGUCAAAAACAACGUCGAUAGCAUCGUCACCUUCUCAUGCCAGUACCUCUGCGCGACAAUCACUGUCUCCUGCGCCUGACAGCACGAGCACCCAGUCUAGUCCCAAACCGCACACACCACCGCCUACAUUGUCGCCUACGAUAUUCAGCUCAACCAUCACUGCUACGUCCGCGUCUCAGAUGUCACAUCCAAUGUCGUCUCAGUUAGCGGCGUCCAGUUUUUCUGCGCCCAUGUCGCCGCCUCUGUUCUUUGAUUCGGAGCUCAUACAGUCCAUGCAGUCUGUCGACGUGUUCCCAGAUGUCGUUCUACCUGGCUUCAACUGGUUGGGAUCCGACCCCAUGUCGGCGUUUGCCCAUUCCUAUUGAUACGAGGGCGACAUCGCCGCAAGCAUAUUUGUAUCUUUUUUUUCUUGGUAUUAGGAUGAGACGAACAGAGUCUUGCUUCUUGCACCCCCCCCCCCCUUCCCCGUCGGAUAUUGUAGCUGUGUCUUUAGGUAGCAUUGCUUUCGUCUAGACUGGGUCAAGCAGGAUCAUCCUCA